CCAUGUUGGCCAGGCUGGACUCCAACUCCUGACCUCAGGUGAUCUGCUUGCCUCGGCCGCCCAAAGUGCUGGGAUUACAGGCGUGUGUGAGCCACCAUACCUGUCCAAAAGAUUAUUUCUUAAUUUGACAUAUUUUUGAGGAGCAGGCAAAGAAGACAGAAAUCUCAAACAAGGGAAAGGAAGAGACGUUGGAGAUUGCACACAAAGGCCAUUCUGUAAAGUUGCAGGACUGAGGCAUGUCCUUGGCAGGGGGCCAGAAAGGACUUGUGGACCCCAAACCCAAAGGCAGUCUCAGGAACAGUUGAAAGUAUUUUCCCCACCAUCUUGUUGUAAGUGUGCUUCUUUUAGUAGGCUGUAACUUAUAUUUCUGCUCUGAAUCUUUGAUUCAAACAUUUCAUUUUACUUUUUCAGCCUUUAAAGUGGAAAUGCAUUUUGAUUCUUUAAAAUGAGGCAGUGGUUACUUAACGUUUCUGUGUGUUUCAGGGCCCAGGCUGUCUCUUCUGCUUUUCUGUUUUACUAAUCUUAGUGUUGGCUUAUGGCCUUGUAGUUGCAAAAUGGCUUUUGAAACUUUAGACAUCAUAUUUGUACCUAAAGCAAGAAGAAAGAGGAAAGAGCAGAGUGUAGUGUUAGUUCUCUUUUUUUAGGAAAACAACAGCUUACUCAGAAGCUGACUUCUUAGGGUCAUUAGCCAGAACCGGGUAGCAUGGCUACCCAUAGAAGAGAUGCUAUAAAAGUAGCCAACAAGAUGGUCACAUUUGGCUUAAGCCAGUCAUGAACCAUCACCUGCAGCUGAGAAUGUUGCCUUUGGAAUGAAGUACAUUCAGUGAACCAAGCAGAAGGGGGCAGUGGAUGUUGAAUGGGGCAGGAAAACACAGAUCCUGGUGCCGAACAUGAGGACAGGACAGACCAAAGGAGAAAGUAGAAGGAGGGGAUCUUCUCUCUCAGCCUCGUCCUCCUGGGCCUGGAUGCUGGAGAGUCACGAGGUGCUUCAGAGUACUCUGGGUGAGGAGGGAGAGAUGGUGCCCACCACAUGGAGGCCAGCCUAGGUCUUGUAUGAAACCUGUGAGGCAGCAGAUGCAACUCUGGAGAAGAGGGCAGGAAAAGAGGCUGCGCUGCUGAGCACUUACCAGGACUUGUGAGGGCCCAGGCACCCUGCGAAGCACCUUAUGUUGGUUAUCUCACACUAAGCUCGCAAACCUCUCAGGUAGGCAACUUUGUCACACAGAGAGGCUGAGUAACAAGCCCAAAGUCAAACAGCCAGGAAGAGACAGAACUGUAUUAAACUUAUCUACUGGACCCCAAAGACCACUCUCUUCCCUACGCUACUAUCACAUCCUUCCCUAUCUGGACUGGAGUUGGCCACAGAAGUUGAUCAUCUCCAUUCCUGUAUACCCAGCACCACAUUGGUCCCUAGCACAAAGUAGGGCUCACAAAUAUUUGUUGGAUGUAGUGAUUUCAAAACAAAGAUUUAACAUCUGAAAGUUUGCCUGGCUGCCUGUGAAUCGGGAAGAGACUCCACAACUCUCCUAGAUCCAGUGACAUGGCUCUAAGCGCCAAGACAUUAAACCAGCAGGUGUCUUCUGCGGAGGUGCGCAUCGGGCCCAUGAGACUGACGCAGGACCCUAUUCAGGUUUUGCUGAUCUUCGCAAAGGAAGAUAGUCAGAGCGAUGGCUUCUGGUGGGCCUGUGACAGAGCUGGUUAUAGAUGCAAUAUUGCUCGGACUCCAGAGUCAGCCCUUGAAUGCUUUCUUGAUAAGCAUCAUGAAAUUAUUGUAAUUGAUCAUAGACAAACUCAGAACUUCGAUGCAGAAGCGGUGUGCAGGUCGAUCCGGGCCACAAAUCCCUCUGAGCACACGGUGAUCCUCGCAGUGGUUUCACGAGCAUCGGAUGACCAUGAAGAGGCGUCAGUCCUUCCUCUUCUCCAUGCAGGCUUCAACAGGAGAUUUAUGGAGAAUAGCAGCAUAAUUGCUUGCUAUAAUGAACUGAUUCAAAUAGAACAUGGGGAAGUUCGCUCCCAGUUCAAAUUACGGGCCUGUAAUUCAGUGUUUACAGCAUUAGAUCACUGUCAUGAAGCCAUAGAAAUAACAAGCGAUGACCACGUGAUUCAGUAUGUCAACCCAGCCUUCGAAAGGAUGAUGGGCUACCACAAAGGUGAGCUCCUGGGAAAAGAACUCGCUGAUCUGCCCAAAAGCGAUAAGAACCGGGCAGACCUUCUCGACACCAUCAAUACAUGCAUCAAGAAGGGAAAGGAGUGGCAGGGGGUUUACUAUGCCAGACGGAAAUCCGGGGACAGCAUCCAACAGCACGUGAAGAUCACCCCAGUGAUUGGCCAAGGAGGGAAAAUUAGGCAUUUUGUCUCCCUCAAGAAACUGUGUUGUACCACUGACAAUAAUAAGCAGAUUCACAAGAUUCAUCGUGAUUCAGGAGACAAUUCUCAGACAGAGCCUCAUUCAUUCAGAUAUAAGAACAGGAGGAAAGAGUCCAUUGACGUGAAAUCGGUAUCAUCUCGAGGCAGUGAUGCACCAAGCCUGCAGAAUCGUCGCUAUCCGUCCAUGGCAAGGAUCCACUCCAUGACCAUCGAGGCUCCCAUCACAAAGGUUAUAAAUAUAAUCAACGCAGCCCAAGAAAACAGCCCAGUCACAGUAGCGGAAGCCUUGGACAGAGUUCUAGAGAUUUUACGGACCACAGAACUGUACUCCCCUCAGCUGGGUACCAAAGAUGAAGAUCCCCACACCAGUGAUCUUGUUGGAGGCCUGAUGACUGAUGGCUUGAGAAGGCUGUCAGGAAAUGAGUAUGUGUUUACUAAGAAUGUGCACCAGAGCCACAGUCACCUUGCAAUGCCAAUAACCAUCAAUGAUGUUCCCCCUUGUAUCUCUCAAUUACUUGAUAAUGAGGAGAGCUGGGACUUCAACAUCUUUGAAUUGGAAGCCGUUACGCAUAAAAGGCCACUGGUUUACCUGGGCUUAAAGGUCUUCUCUCGGUUUGGAGUAUGUGAAUUUUUAAACUGUUCUGAAACCACUCUUCGGGCCUGGUUCCAAGUGAUCGAAGCCAACUACCACUCUUCCAAUGCCUACCACAACUCCACCCACGCUGCCGACGUCCUGCACGCCACCGCUUUCUUCCUUGGAAAGGAAAGAGUAAAGGGAAGCCUCGAUCAGCUGGAUGAGGUGGCAGCUCUCAUUGCUGCCACGGUCCAUGACGUGGAUCACCCGGGAAGGACCAACUCUUUCCUCUGCAAUGCAGGCAGUGAGCUUGCUGUGCUCUACAAUGACACUGCUGUUCUGGAGAGUCACCACACCGCCCUGGCCUUCCAGCUCACCGUCAAGGACACCAAAUGCAACAUUUUCAAGAAUAUUGACAGGAACCAUUAUCGAACGCUGCGCCAGGCUAUUAUUGACAUGGUUUUGGCAACAGAGAUGACAAAACACUUUGAACAUGUGAAUAAGUUUGUGAACAGCAUCAACAAGCCAAUGGCAGCUGAGAUUGAGGGCAGCGACUGUGAAUGCAACCCUGCCGGGAAGAACUUCCCUGAAAACCAAAUUCUGAUCAAACGCAUGAUGAUUAAGUGUGCUGACGUGGCCAACCCAUGCCGCCCCUUGGACCUGUGCAUUGAAUGGGCUGGGAGGAUCUCUGAGGAGUAUUUUGCACAGACUGAUGAAGAGAAGAGACAGGGGCUACCUGUGGUGAUGCCAGUAUUUGACCGGAAUACCUGUAGCAUCCCCAAGUCUCAGAUCUCUUUCAUUGACUACUUCAUAACAGACAUGUUUGAUGCUUGGGAUGCCUUUGCACAUCUGCCAGGCCUGAUGCAACAUUUGGCUGACAACUACAAACACUGGAAGACACUAGAUGACCUAAAGUGCAAAAGUCUGAGGCUUCCAUCUGACAGCUAAAGCCAAGCCACAGAAGGGGGCCUCUUGACCUACAAAGGACACUGUGAAUCGCAGUAGCAUAAACAAGAGGCCUUCCUUUCUAAUGAUAAUGACAGGUAUUGGCGAAGGAGCUAAUGUUUAAUAUUUGACCUUGAAUCAUUCAAAUCCCCAAAUUUCAUUUUUAGAAAGUUAUGUUCCAUGAAGAAAAAUGUAUGUUCUUUUGAAUACUUAAUGACAGAACAAAUACUUAGCAAACUCCUUUACUCUGCUAUAUCAUCCGGUGUACCCUUGUCAAUCCAUGGAGCUGAUUCACUGUAACUAGCAGGCCACAGGAAGCAAAGCCUUGGUGCCUGUGAGCUCAGUCUCCCAGGAUGGUGACUAAGUAGCUUAGCUAGUGUUCAGCUCAUCGUUUACCAUAAAAAUCAUCAUUGCUGUUUAGCUUGACUAUUUUCCUCAAGAGCAUCGAUCUGAAGGAUUCAUAAGAAGCUUAUCUGAACAGAUAUAUCUAAGAAAAAAAAAACUACAUAAAAUAAGUGAAAUAACUUGGACCAAAUUACAGAUAAACUAGUUAGCUUCACAGCCUCUGUGGCUACGUGGUUCUUUUGGCCGAUGGUGUGACACCUAAGUUAGAACACAGCCUUGGCUGGUGGGUGCCCUCUCUAGACUGGUAUCAGCAGCCUGUGUUGUACCCCUUUUCCUGUAAAAGGGGGUAACAGCCAUCCACGAUGAGGGAAAAAGUGACAUUUCAUUUUUGGGGAAUCCAUGAGCUUCCCUUAUUUCUGGCUCACAGAGGCAGCCACGAGGCACUAUAACAAGUAUUAUAUAAAAGCCAUUAAAUCUGAAUGCCCUUGGACAAGCUUUUCUUAAAAAAAAAAAAAAAAGUUUAUAUACAUGUUUAAAAUUUUUAUUAAAAUCCAAAUUUUCUGGGUGUAAGCUCAUGGAGUAUGUUGUGCCAUGCACCACCUAUACGUAAUAUUUCGGGAGGGGCUAGGGAGGGGAAGUUUCAAGGUUCAGAUAUUUUUAACCAAUCUAUAUUUGAAAUCAUGCCAUUAGCUUUAACAAUGUUAAAAUUGUGCGGUGUAAAUAUAUCAGAAAAUAGCAUAUGGGGAGGCAGUAAAUACUAUUUUAAGCUAUUAAUUGUAUGCUAAAAGCUUCUAAAGCACAAGUGCAUAUUUUUAUACUGCUCUUUUCACAACUCUGUGAUCUACAUAAAGUCAGACUUGAGAUUUUCUUUUCUCUUUUACCAGCCGAUCCUUCCUAUGUAUUAUAUUAGACCCCGUAAACAAACUUCGUUUUUCUUUCUCUGUACUUCAUGCUGCAUUUUUAAAAGGUAUAAACAGAGACUGAAUCAGUAAUUACUUUUUUCCAAUACAAAUUGGAAUGCAGAAUACUUGGAACUUGUACAUGGGGAAAAAAUGACUUAUCACUACAUAAUGUGCCAAUGUUUUUUUCUAUGUUUUGUACCAAAAAUGGAAAAAUAUGACAAUUCCAUGCAAAGAAAUGUAUCUAAAUUAUUUUUGUUAGAUGAUAAGAGAACUUGCUUGGUCAGGACAGCAGCCAGCUUUGUAUUGUAAUGCUAUAUUAUGUAAAUGUGAUGAAAAUGUUUUUGUGAAGUACUUGUAACUAAAUUCCUACAGCCAUUUUUCAUUCCCAACAGCUGUUUUUAUUUUACCUCUUUGGCCUAAACUUUUCAUAAUUUCAAA